AGGCUUGGACGCAAGCAAAUUGGGACAGCUUCACAUUUUCUCUUCAAGACAGCCAUGGAUCACGAAAAAUUACAAGCGGUAUCUCCCCAGGUCUUCGAAUACAAUGGCACGUCAACUCAAUCCACAGAGAGCCCAGAGCCGCUCACUCAUCGGGCUCCCUCAAUCGAUGAGCCUGUAUACAUCGAGGAUCGUCGCGAACGCCGAGGCGAAAGUGUGUGGAGAGUGUUGAAGGAGAGACACAUUAACAUGAUCGCAUUUUCAGGGACAAUAGGCAACGGACUGUUUCUUGGAAGUGGAAGAGCGCUUGCAAGCGCUGGUCCUGGUGGUGCUGUUCUCUCAUACGUAUUGGUCGGCACUAUAAUAUCCUCCGUGAUCUCAUGCUUGGGAGAGAUGACAGCUCUGAUGCCCGUCAACGCGCCGUACUUUGGGGAAUUUGAGUACGUAUUUGGAAGUUUUAAGCUGGGAUUUAUCACCAUGCUCAUAUUACUGAUGGUUGUUCUGGAUACAAUUACACCCCGAGCAGAUGCAUACUAUGAUCGAGUCAUUGGAACUAGCAACUGGAAUUCGCCAUACUCAUUCUUUAAUCAUGCGUACCGGGUCAAAGACGAAGACGGUAACUUGCAGCGAACCAUCACUGGAGGCGUGGGUACUUUCCUCGGGGUCUGGACAACCUUCGUAUCGACCAUGUUCUCAUAUGUGGGGAUGGAUAUUGUGGCAGCUACAGCCGCCGAGAGCAAGGCACUUUCAGAUUCCGAGAGUAUGAAGAUGGCAGCGAGAAAGAUCAACAUACGAAUCGUUACCCUCUACGCGCUGGCACUCCUUACAGCUUCUUUUGUAGUCCCGAGCAACCAUCCAUUCAUCAACGGCGGGGGACAAUCAGUUGGCUCUCAUUCGAUAUUUGUCAUUGCAGUUGUGGAAGCGGGCAUUCCUAUGGCCGCCCACUUCUUCAAUGCCGUAUUCGUAUUUGCGUCUUUCACUUGCGCAAUAAACUCUAUGUAUGUGGCUUCGAGAGUUCUGCAUACUUUGGCGCUACGAGGCCAGACUGGCCCGGACUUUAUAACAGAAAGGCUGAAGAGGUGUCGCUCCGGGGUGCCAGUCAGGGCUGUUCUUGUCACUGCUGCCAUAAUGAUGAUUGGGUUUAUGGGCCGUACCGGAACACCAGGAGAGCGCUUAGGAGAACUUGCGACUAAUUGCACCGUAUCUUGUCUGAUCGUUUAUGUUAUUAUCUGUGCAACAUAUCUUUGCUUCUUCAAAACGCUGAAAGAAGCUAAACUUUACGGUAACGCGUCAGAGUCUCAAACCGCAUGCUACGAUCGAAGCCAUCCCCGGUACCCUUACAAGUCUCAUGGUCAAUGGUUAAAGGCUAGUUAUGGCUUGGUCGCUUCUAUACUACUCGUGGUCUUUAAUGGCAUCGGUGCCUUUCUCGAGCGACCAUUCGACACGAGAAAAUUCAUUGCAUCAUAUAUUUCUGUUCCUGUUUUUCUAUUGCUACUCCUAGGCUACAAAGUCCGCAAGCACGGAUUUGCAUUCUCGCAAUGGGGACCAGAGCGGUCAAAUGACUUGAGGAACACAGUCCAAGCAGCAAGCGAGAUCCGAAAAGGGAGGCUGGAAUUUCCAGAUGAAGGUCUCACUAAGAAAAACGGUCGAAUGUUUCUUGACUGGAUCUGGGUAUGGAUGAAGUAG